GUCGUGGGCGAUCCGCCACGCCGGACGGACUUAUCGCAUCGUACGAAUACCAAUAGAAACAAACAAACGCACACGCACGCACAUACACACGUCAUAUAUAACAUACAUACGCAUGUGCGGGGUAGCGUUUUUGGAUGCGUUAAACGCCGCGGGAGAAUCCAACGCUCGUGGAUGUCAACGAAGCCUGUCUUUCGUCAUACGUAAAUUUAUUUACCGAUCGAUCAAUUUUUUUUUUUUAAUUUUUUUAUUUCCUCGAAUUUUCAUAAUUUUUAAUAAAUUUUUAAUCAACGCGUUAUUUCAAUUCGCGAGUCAGUGUGUUUGAAAUGGAACAGGACUAUUUUAUCGAACUUUGUGACGAAAGAAUUUUUGCAAAAUCCCUGGAGACGAGGGUGUGAUUUUUUUUUUUUCAAUGAAAUUGAAUCCGUCGUUCUUGGAGAUGUGUAAAAAAAAUUUACAAAAAUUGUCUUACUUCUAUUUCUCGUUUUUGACUUUUUUUUUUUAUUUGGUUGGUUGAUCGGUUCCUGUAUUAAAGUGUGUAAUAUAUAGCCAGUGAGUGUCGAGUGUUAUCGUCAAAGGUAGAAAAAAAAAAAAAACCGGCCGCAUGUGCCAUGGAAAAGUGAACCGGAAAAUCUGAGUAACAAAUAUUUGGUCGAAUAAUAUUGUGUGUUAUUGAAAGGUGUUAAUUGAAUUUGUAACAGUGAUUAUUAUUGUGAGGAUAUAAAGACACCCAUUCGUUUGACCAAAGUUAACAAUUUUUCUAUACAGGAUUUGGAUUUAAUUGAUCGGAAUCAUAUUAUCUCAUUUUCAUAUAAUUGUGAAAAAUUUAUUAGUGAAUAAAAUUCAAUUGAACGCGGAAAUGGAAAUCUAAAAAUUUCUUACGGUAGUUCAAUUUUUUUGCCAAUUGAUAUAAUAAGAAUAUUAUGUGUAAAAGGUAGAUGGAAUUACGCCUCUACGAUACUGAUGUCACUCGGUUAUUAAAUGUAUAAAUAAAUCAACGCUACUAUUUCCGGAAGAUGUGUAACGUAAAUAACCCAAAGUGUGUGAGAUGAUAGCAUCGAGAAGUGUAUUCAUAACAAAAACUUAUCUCUCGUCGGCGGGAAAAGGGAAAAAGUGAUGUUUUAGAAAGCUUAAAGUUUCAGUGAAUUUAAGGUAUGGAGAAUUGAAAAACUAGUACAGAAAAUAAAAAAAAAAAAAAAAUUUUGGAAGAAAAACUUGUCGACGUUAUCAUCUCGAUGGAUUUAUACCUGCUUGCACGUUGCAUCACAGUCGCAUCAGGGACAACACAGAGAAGGCAAAGUUAACAAACGUUGGAAAAAAGCGGGCGGAGGGGUUAUAAAGAUUUUUGCCAGAAGAGUGAAGUGAAAAGUUGAAGGACGUCAGAGGGAUCUCUGAAGAGUGGGCCGAAGCUGGUUUUCUCUCAGUAUAUUAAUGAGCAGGUGAAAAUAUAAAAACAGAAUACUUUAGAAGCAGUUUUUUUUUUUCCAAAAUUAAAACGAUUCGCAAGCCGGUCGAUUCGUUUCCCGAGUACCUUCGAUAAGAACGGAGAUUAUCGCUCGUUUAUGAAACAUGAAGGAAAUCGCAUUGCGUAUCGUUGGAUCCUCGGUGACUUAGAAACUGUUGGAACCGGAAAAGAGUCGCUGAAAACGUCCGAAGAUGGCUUCGACGGUGGAGCCAAUGGAGGUAGUUUCAACAUCGGACAUAACAUCGAUAAGCGGACUUUCGACGGAGGAUCCAUCCGGGAACAUAACACACGUCGAGGACGAGGAAUGGUCCAAGAUGUCAAAAUCAAUCCUGAUAGGCUGCGUCCUCGGGUCGAUAAUCAUAACGGCGGUGUUCGGGAACCUCCUGGUAAUGGUGUCGGUAAUGCGGCACCGGAAGCUGAGGAUAAUAACGAACUACUUCGUCGUCUCUCUGGCCUUGGCCGACAUGCUGGUGGCCAUGUUCGCAAUGACGUUCAAUGCCAGUGUCCAGGUCACGGGGCGUUGGGUGUUCGGCUACUUCAUGUGCGACGUUUGGAACUCGCUGGACGUUUACUUCAGCACGAGUUCGAUACUGCAUUUAAUGUGUAUAUCGGUGGAUCGCUACUACGCGAUAGUGAGGCCGCUAAAGUACCCGAUAAACAUGACGAAGAGGGUGGUGGCCUACAUGCUGCUAGCCUGCUGGCUCUCUCCGGCGAUAAUAUCGUUCCUACCCAUACUCAACGAGUGGUACACUACCGAGGAGAACAGCAAGUACAGACGGGAGUUUCCUGAGCUAUGCGAGUUCAAGGUUAACAAGGUAUACGCCAUCCUGUCGUCGAGUAUAUCGUUCUGGAUACCCUGCACCAUAAUGACCCUGACGUACUACGCGAUAUUCAAGGAGGCCAACAGGCAGGAGAAGCAGAUGCACAACCGAAUGGGUAACGCCAUGCUCCUCAGUCACAGACCGAGCAAGGACUUGAACAACAUGAACACCCUGAACAACUUGAACGGGGAACUGAACAGAGCCGGUUCGUCCAAGACCCUGACUCUGAACGAGAUAAACACGGACCACCUUCACACGCCGACGAAGGACAAGAACAUGAUAAAAAUGAAACGAGAGCACAAGGCUGCCAGGACGCUGGGCAUAAUAAUGGGGACCUUUAUACUCUGCUGGUUGCCGUUCUUCCUGUGGUACGUCACGAUGAGUCUCUGCGGGCCGACCUGCUACUGUCCGGACAUCGUGAUCGCCAUCCUAUUCUGGAUCGGUUACACCAACUCGGCCCUGAAUCCUCUGAUUUACGCGUACUUCAACCGCGAUUUUCGGGAGGCUUUCAGAAACACACUUCAGUGCGCAUUCUGCUCUCUGUGCAGGCGGGAACCGUCCGAUCUUGAUGCGCUCGACGUUCGGCGGCCUUCCCUCAGGUACGAUAUGGUCUGAUCGAAAGAGCUUCUAACAUGGAAAUUAACCCAGCAAUCUACCAAAUGUACGAUGAUCGGACAAAGAGCAUCUACUCUGAGACCUACAUGAGGCACAACGAUGGGAGAAGAUCGAGCGAAUUUGGAAGCAGUCUUUGAGAUGAGACAAAAUUUAGGUUUUAAGUCACUCCGCUCGUCCCAUGAACAAACCAAAAAAAAAAAAAUAAAAUAAAAAACGACUCCUAAAAUUCUGCCAAAUUAAUGUUUGCAAUGUUUAUCUUAUACACAAUAAUAUGAAUAGUCAUCUAUGUACACAAAUAUAUAUGAGAGACGAAUGUAUGAUAUGAUAUAAAAUAUAAUAUAACAUAUAAUAUGUAUGUAAAUGUAUUUAUGAUAGAUGUAACGAUACACGGGAUAACGAUAUACAUACAUAUAUAUAUAUAUAUAUAUAUAUAUGUAUAUGUAUAUAUCAUAUAUCACGACAUAAUAAUAGUUAAUAAUAACAAUAACGACACGAUACGAAUGCACCAUAUAUUCUAUUGCCAAAGUUUAGGCUUAAGCGAACCGCUUCGCAGCUAUUUACACCAAAUCAAAGAAGGGAAAGAUGAAAAGAAAAAAAGAAAAACAUUAAUUAUCGCCACGUAUUUUUGUGAAUCAUUAUUUCGAAUCAACAAAAUUCAUUUAUCUGGCCGAUGAAUAUGCGUGUGUGGAAAUUCGAUGCGUCUGACAAAACCGAAUGUCAUAAGGGUUUUACGAUAUAUUUUUUAUGUACAGUAAAAUAAGAAGAUUAUUUAUUACUUGUGUGCAGAGAGGAACGAAAGUGAGGGAUUGAGAGAUUUUUAAUGAAACUGAUUGGCAUUUUAUUCCCAUAUGCAUUCGUUAGACGUUCUGUACCAUAACAUGCGAUAGUUUGUGUUAUCAACACAUUUAAAGCAUGUGUACAUUGUACGUGCAUGUUAUGUGAAUACGAAAAACAAAAAAAAAAAAAAAAAAAAAACAAGAGGUGUAUUAAUCGAUAAUCGUUUGCGGCUAGUGAUACUUUGAAGCUUUAAUUAAUUGUUAUUAUCAUUAUUAUCAGGACUGUCUUUUUAAUAGCUGGGGAUAUUUGCGGGGCAACGAUUCCAGUUAUAUUUUUAUUAUACGUUACCCUCUGAUUGUGAGAAAGUUGUUCGCGCGUGAUAAAAUUUAUGUUGAUACGGCCUAAGACUCGAAUUAUGAUAUUUUCAAUGUUCGUUACAUCGCGUGAAUUAAUUAUUCAUGAUUUUCAAUAUCGUUUAAUAAUAUUUCGUCUCUUUCGGCUAUUCGUUAUUGUAUCAACGGUAACAACAAGAAAAAGAAACGGAGUGGAAACGAGUAGAAGAAGAAGAAGAAGAAGAAGAAGAAGAAGAGAAAGAGAGAAGGAGAGAAAAGAAAAAAAAAAAAAAUUUGGGAAAUACUCAAAAGUGAUAUUACGGAAUAUACUUAACGAUUAAGCGAAGUAAUUAUACGAGUACAAUGAUACGAUUGAUUCUAAUGUAAUAGCAAUACGUAAUAUCGAUUAUUUCAUUUUUUAGAUAAAUACGUGUAAUUCUAUGUGGGGAUUAUAAUAUCGAUCGUUGUUACUAUACCGUUAUGAUUCUUACCAUUUAUCAAUAAUUUGGCAAUAAUUCGUCGAAUGGAUGCCGAGAUACCGAUGCAAUAAUUACGAUUUUUACCGAAAAGUCUGUAUUUAUUUUUUUUUUUUUUAUUUCUGUUCGACUAAUAUUGCUCAAUAAUAUUUUCCCCGAUCCAAAAAAUCACCUCUUCAGUUUACUGUUCUUGCAAUUAUUGUCGGUUAUACUUUUAAUCGAGAGUAAAAACUCUACCGAGAAAAAGAAAAUGGAGAUGAAACGUUCAGUCCCAAAACACUUGUUUAUUUGAAAAUGUACAAGAGCUUUUUUAAAAUAAUCCAUAGUCGAUUUAUUUUCACUGUAAUUUCGAUAUCCUUGUCCGCUUAAUCUGUAAAUUUCGUAUCGGAAACCGAGGUGAAGAAUAAUGAAAGAGGAAAAAAAAAAAAAAAAAGAUAACAGAAAAUAUGUUUUCGAUAAUACCGAAUUGUAAAUAUUAAGCUGUAAAUAAUUCACUACACGAAAACAAUAUAUUAUUAUUAUUAUUAUUAUUAUUGUUAUUAUUGUUGCUGUUGUUGUUAUUAUUAUUAUUAUUGAUACAAUACCGAAAGCGUUGAAAAGGCUUGGCGCAAAUAAUCAAAACCGUUUCUUCCAAUUUCAAUAAUAAGAGUAGAUAAUUUUUUUCUUCUUCAUCAUGAAAAUGACGAUUAAGCCCUGCGUGUCAACAAUCAAAUGCAAUACUAGAUAACAUAGGGCGUUUAGAUUAUCAUACGUGUAUUAUACAUUGAAAAUUUGUACGAUAAUAACAAUUAUAAUAACAUUAACCAAUAACGGUUAUAAGAAUAAUAGUCAAAAUGUAUGGAGAAAAAAAAAAACAAAAAAACAAAAAAAAAAAAAAAAUGAACUAAGGUGAUACUUAAUAACUGGAAAAAAAAACGUAUUAUUGAGAAUUGCAAUUUAUAUUUUGAAUCGCGGAUCGUGCAGCUCACCUUUAAUAAUACCUGUGAAAUAUUCUGCUGACAUUGAAUAUAAAUUUUACCCACGGAUUGGGAAAUUUUCAGCGUACGAUAAGUUUGAAAAAUCUGAUAGUAGUACACAAAGAAAUAAUUAAUCUAUCCGUUUAUAUGUAAAUACGAGGAAAUGGUAAACGAAAUUCAACCGAUAUCCGCGUCAAAUUGAUGUACAUAUUUUUACGAUUAAAUUCUCAGCAUGCUAUUCGAAUCUACUAUGUAUACCUUACGUACUCUGUAUCGAUUGUUAUAGCUAAGAAAAGAACUAAAUGAAAUCUAACGAUUAUACUGUAACAAUUAAGAUAAUGAGAAACCGCGAUAUUGACGGUCAAUUCAGCUGUAUUAGAAUUUUUAUUUUUAUUUUUGUAUUUCCGUAAAUUCUCUAGUCAUGUCGAUUUUAUCUCCAAAAGCAAAACAAAACGAUUCAUUAUGCAACACAGGACUGAAUGUUAAAACCAUCCGUUCGUUUCAUUAUUAUUAUUAUUAUUAUUAUUAUUUUAUAGUCGUGUCGUGCAUUUGAGGAUUAUGUCGAUAAAACAUUUUCGAGCAGUCGAAACUUCGGUCAUUAUCAUUGUUAUUGUUAUCAUUACGCUUACAUCCCAUUGAUCGUGUAAUACUAAUCAACAUUAUGAUACGAAUUCAACUUUUGUUUGCAAUUCAUCGGCACCGUUGCGUCGACGUGAUUUCGUUUUAAUUAUCAUACCGUUGCGUGAAUUAACGUGGUUUAUUAUUAUUUUCAUACGUUGGUUAAUUUUUUAAAAACACACGUGAGUCUUAAUAUAUUUUUUUCAUGCCCGGACAAAAAAUUCUUUAUUAUAUUUACACGCAUGUUAUGAAAAAUCUUGUUACUCGAUACUCAAAAAUACCCGUGCCGCAUGUGACGCGAUAUAAUUCUUGUUGUUUCUCGGGAGAAGAAUUGAAAUUGUGACCUUUUGUUUUAUUUUCUAUUUUGUUUCUACGUCCGUGAAAAAUAAGAAUAAGAUUAAAAGCGAAUUUUACGUUUAAUUUUUCUCCGAUUUUUUAUCGAAUUUAUCGGGGCGAGGUUGAAGUUCCGAAUUUGAAAAGUUCCGAAAGCGUCUAGUUCGAAGUUCAAAGUUACUAGAUGCAAGAUUUUGAAGAUUCUUCAAGUUCCGAUAGAGCAAAAAUCAGAAAAAUAGUUUCGAUAGAGUGAAAUUCCGAAAAUUAAAAUAUACUCACAGAGCGUAGUUUAGUCAACGUGUGGGUGUGAAUAAUGAGAGAAAUCGAAAAUCAAAAUUACUAGGAUUCUGAACGUAAGAACAUCGGAAAUCCAAAACAAACAAAGAUCAAAGUGGUGAAAUUUCUGCAAGUCAGAAAUUCACAGAACUGAAAAUCUUCGAAAUCAUUUAGAAUUUCUAUGUUUCGGAUUUAAAAUUUUUUUUCAUUUUCGCACUUUUGGAACUUUUUAUACCCUUCCGGAAUUUUUCCCUUUCGAAUCUUUGAAGUUUUCGUCAAUGUUUGAUUCCUUUAAGUUUCACCACCCAAGAAUUCGGAUUUCGGCGCUUUCGGAAUUUUUCAAAGUCGGAAUUUCAACCCCGUCCCGAGUUUAACGAUUCUUUGUAAUCGUGAAAGAUAACAGUGCUCCAAAAUUAGAUAAGCAAACGUGUGAAACUGGUACAAAGAUAAGAAAAGUAGUAAAACUGAUCAACAUUUAGAAUAUUCAAGAAUAACACGGUUGUAUAUAUACAUUCGGUGUUUAUGUGUUUAAUUUGAAAAUUACUUCGCUCCGAGGUUUCAUGUGACACGACGUGUAUAAUAAUUAGUGAACUACGACUACGGAACAAGCGAGCAGCUCGCUUUCAGCUCGUAAACUGUGCUGGAAACGCGAGAUUCUCACGCAAAUUAACCGUUUACACAAAGAUUUGAAGGUAAAAGUGAAAAAGGGUAGAAAGAAACGUGAGAGUUUUACGAAAGAGGAAAAAAAUAAAGUUAAAAAUGGAAUGGAGGAACGAAACGACGGAACGAAGAAAGGCGUGAAUGGAGGGAAAGAAAGUCAAAAUUUCGAAGACCAUAAAAAGAAAGUCACACUUUACCGUCGCUGCUUCACCUUUCCGUACAAAAACAUGCGUGUAUUGAAAAAAUUUUUCGAAUUACGGACACACAAACAUGUCGUAUCGCUCUUUUCAAGUUACGUCCCUCGGUUUUAAUGGACAUGAAGUUAUUUUCACGAAUUGAAAAUGCUAAUGCCACCGCUUGUACCGUUAAUUAACUGUUUCGCGACAGAUAGCGGGACGAAAAUGAAAUUUUGAAAAUGCGAAGUAUAACUGCACGAGGUGAGUGAAAAAGAAAAAUUAAUUGCAACGAUAUUGAAUACGUCUAAUUUUGUUGAUCAUAGUAGGUUUAAUUUUUUUUUUUUUUGCAUCUUUUCUUCUAUUAGUUUCAUUUGAUGAAAAAAAAAAUGAGUGAAAUUUAAAUUUCAAAAAAAACACAAUUUUAAUAAUUGCGGCUUUAAUUGAUACCAAAGAGUAGAAGAGAAGGAAAGAAAAAAUAAUAACCGAUAAAAGAAUCUUCCUAAAUUUUAAGAUUCCUGAAUCUCAAUACUGACAUAUGAUAAUUAAAUUGAAACGAAAUGUGUGUAACAUUAAUAAACUUGGCUGAUCGCGAUGUCGUGGAAUGUAAUAAUGUUACGUACAAUAUAAAAUAUAGGUUUAACGUGAAAUCUAUGAUAAUAACGAUGAAAAUAAUGAUAAUGAUAAUACCUUAUCGGUAGUACACUGUAUGUGAUACAUACCUAUACAUAUAUUAGGGUGAGCCAAAAAAAAAAAAACCAACCUAUCGAAUUUAUGGUCUUAAAGUGACCCAUUUACUACGAAAAACAUUUUUUCAAACGGGAGAAUUUUUUUCUCAGUAAAUAGAUCCUUUUGAGACCAUAGGUUCGACAGGUUAGUGUUUUUGGCUCACUCUAAUGUAUACAUAUACGUAUGUGCGUGUGUGUGUGUGUGUGGGUGUGGGUGUGGGUGUAUGUACCCAUGCAUAUACCGUAUACUUAGGUGAAUGUACAUACCCAUCUAUAAUAUAUGGAUCGUGAGAAACCCAUGCUGUAAUAAAUAAGCAAUAUUUUGAUGAAAAGUAAGUAAACCUGUGCAUAAUAUACCAUAAUAUACAUGUAUACAUAUAUGACCUUAUUAUAUGCAAUAUUAUUAUAGGUACCUAUGGUAUAGAUACCUUAUAUUACACCGUGCGGAAGCGACGAUGUCUUGUCGGGCAGCAUAAUCAAAACGCAAAUACGUAAAAUAUGCGAAUAAAAAAUAGAAACUAAAGAGGAACGAUGAACAUUGUAACCUCUACUGGUCACCCUUCGCCGUGAAUAAAACAAACAUAGCCAAGAAAUAGACCAAACGAGGUAUGAAUACGAUGACGGUAUAAAUUCACUUGAUGUAUUCGCAUUACUUACCGUAAAUUUUACGCACCAAUCGGAGAUUUAAUUACGUAAAUAAAUACAUCUAAAUCCGUACAAAAUGUAACAAACGCACAUUAAUUAAUUAAGACCUGCUAAAGACGAGGUGCAGUUAAUGCGAUUCGGUUAUAUGAAAUUUUUUUGUUUUUAUUGUUGUCUUUUUUUCUUUUUUUCUCACAUUUUCGAUAUCAUUCGUCGCGAAAUUUUAAUACGAUAAUUGCGUGAGCUGCACUUUUGACUUAAGCGUCGAACGACCAAUGCAUAUUAAACCGAAAGGAAAUAAAAAUCAAAUCCGUAUGAAUUCAAUUAGCUGCCCAAUUUUCUUGUACCCGUAAUUAAUAUGUUGUAGAAGCGAAGGAUAAAUGUGAAUAUAAUUACGAAAAGUGUAAAUGUCUUUGUAUAAAAAUGGAAGAAAUUAAUAAAAACGUAUUAUACAGGAUGCGAAUCGUGAGAGAAAUUCGGAUGUUGCAAUGUUGUAAACAGCUUUGUCCGAAGGGAGUAAAAAAUAAUGAAAGGAUAAAAGGAACACAGCUUGAUACAUAUUAUUAAGGGUAUGCAGUACCGUUGCCCUUACCGACCGAGCAAACUCACUUUUUUUUCCUCCUAUGUUGAAUUAACAAACGAAGGGAAAGGGUUCAAAUUUCUACGGUGCAUCGUUUUUUCAUAGUGGAAUUCAGGAAAGUUACUCAUAUACUGAAAAUCGCCAAAAAAUGUGCGGUGUGUUCUCUUUGUUUAUUUAAUGUAGAAAGAAAAAAGUGAGUCUGCUCGGUUGGUAAAGGUGGGAGUACCACGUACCCUUAAAUCGUUGUGGCAAUGUUUGGUAAAAAAUUACUAAGUAAACUUCGAAUGUCAUGUUUAAUAGCCCAACGUUACCCUAUACAAAUAAAUUAAGCAAAAUUCUCGAUCAACGGAUUAGGUAUAAUUAUGUCGAUCGUGUGUCACGAUUGAAAACCACGCUCAUAGGACGUUACAUUAGAUACAUUAAAGGUAAAAUUUUUUACACGAUUAUCACUAAUCGCUAACAUAUACACCGUAGGAUUACGUAUGUAUGUAACGUAUACAUAUAUAUAUAUAUAUAUAUAUUGUAUAUAUAUAUGUAUAUAUAUAUAUUAAGUGUACAAUCAAAAAUGAGAUAAUAUCUUGAACGAAAAAUAUGAAAGAGAAAGAGUAGCUCCGCGGUUGAUCAUUAUCCAUGCAAUAAACGAUUGAACGAACAGUUAUCGCGGCACAAUGGAAAAUGCGCUAAAUUAUUCGACUAAUCUUGCAAAUCGUUAUUAAAGCGCAGCGUGCAGCAACGUAGACAAUCAUAAAUUGUACUAUAAUAGUUUUGAAAACUUUUCAAAUUUCGCUUAUGUAUUCGUAUUUAAGAUGGUAUUGAACUGUGAACGGAAGAAAAAAAAAAUAUCCACGAUUCACAAGGUAUAUGCUUGAGGAGAGGAUGUUUGAAUC